GUAAGAAUGCAAUCAAAACACAUUUUAUGACACUUGUUAUUUUGAUCUCAUUUCAGAUAUGGUGUUCUCAAGGGUGUUGUCGAUGACCACUUUUAGAAGAGACUGAUCUAUUUUUGAAGGCAUGCUUGUUACCCUUCUUCGAGCUCAGGAACACACUACAAAUAGUGGUUGAAAUUAAUGAAAUGAAUGAAAUUAAUUUCUAUCGGAAUGCUGAUAACAUCCGGAGCUGCAUCUCGACGUCACGCAAUUCAGAGACCCUGAACAACUUGGAAGGUCUCACUGCAAAUACGCGGAAAUCUAUCUAGCCUCGCUGCGGACUUUACACGGAUCAUUCGUUCAUGGUUAGCAUACAUAGUGGUAGCAUGCCUUCGAUUGUUCCUGAUGAUCAUUAAUCAAACCGAUUCACCUGAGAUCAACAACAACUAUAACAUUGGAAUCUCUCCAAGUGUCUAGCAGAUAGUUGCGAGGAUGCGGUAUAAGGAGAUAGGACGACUUAACAUGACGAGUUCAUCUGAGCCUCCUAAUAAGUGCAGCGACUGUAGUGAGGUGUGAUUAUCUUGUAGGGAUUUCCAGAAAAAUUUGUCGCCGACUGCCUUCUGGGGAAUUACAUAUUUGUAAGGAUUAUGUUAUUUGGUCUUAAUACCUGUAUUAACAGGAGCUCUGAGUCAUUGAAAAUUAUGUUUUUACAUCGAAACAACCGAAGUGUGACAAGCUGCGUUUGGGACACACAUCUGCAAGGAACCAAUACAAUUUGGAUGUCAUAAAUUUUUCAAUUAACUCAGCAUUUCUAUCACCUCAAGAGUGGUACUUAGGUAAUCAUAAACUGGAACCUUCUUCUCGUUAACCUUUUGUUGGAACCUUAAAAAGAAAUACGGAUCCCAACUAUGCCGACUGUCACUUUCAUGUAAGGUGCCGAAAACAGCGAAUAGCACAACUACAGCCUUCUUAUUUUUCGAAAUACAAAGUAAUUUGGCCAUCGUCUUGAAGGCGCUCUGCGACUUCAUUCUACCCUUUGGAUUUAUAAGUGGUAUCCCAUCAAACCUUACUGAUGAUUGUGAAACAGAACGCACAAGAUCGUUAUUCUUGACUUGAAAUCGUCUUCCAUUCGGGCCAGCAAAUUUUCCACCAUGAGUGCUCCACAGAUCCUAAUCAACGGGUCCCUAGCCCAGCCCGAGACCAUGCACCCGAAACUCUUAAUAACCCGGGACCUCGGCACGAUCGAAGAGGACGAGGAGGUCGCUGGCCUGAGCGAACUCAAGAAGAUGACGACGCGAUUACGUCUGUCGACCAGGAGACCGUCGAUUAUGCAAUGGAGGGAGAAUCUAUCGAACUUUCAACAGAACAUGGCCUUGGUUAGGCACUCUGGACUUGAUAGCGAUGAAAGCGAUGAGGGAUGCGACGACGACGUCGAUGGGAAAUCGGACGACAGUGAGAUUCUGACAGACGAUCAGGAGAGGAGAAAAAAGGUCGAUGAUGCCAUUGCCUGGAUAAGGCAGGAAUUGAUGGCAAUGAAGUCCCAAGAUCACCAACUCGCCAUGCAACUCAUGAAGCUCCGCGGAGAGAUCCAGGCGCUCAAACUCGAGAAAACCAAUGACGAGCACCGAGAAUUAAUAGAGGGCGCCCGCUACAGCAUAGUGGAGGAGAGUGCCGAGCUAAAGAGUGCGCUAUUUGAUUUGCCAAUGAACAAUAACUUCUAUCCAAUCGCGGCUGGGGAGGAUCCAUUGAAAGGCAUGGGGGUGACGAGGAUGAAUUUGAACAGUCGGAGAUUCUCGUUACGAUAGCCGAGUUUGUGAUUGGCUAAUCCGGAGGUGUGCUUGGUCAUAUGACUUUAAGUAAUUGCAAUAAUAUUGACCAAGCUGCACCGACUGCUUGCCUGCCGUGAAUGAUAUUCAGAUAUCAGAACCUUGUGAAAAUGAAACAAUGACGAAACAUGAUGGUUGAAUAAAGUCUUCUCAAUGCGAUUGAUUGUGAAAUAGGCCUACUUGCUUUCCAUUGAAUUGGAUAUUUUCAAAUAAAAAAGAAGGAACGAGGAAAUGAUCAUUAUGUCAUGUAUGUGAACUUUUUUUCAAGAUCAAUGUUUUACCAACGGAAGUGAUUUUUUCUAAAGAUAUUAACGGUAAAAAGAACGGUAAUUAAUAUUCAUCUAUGGGGCAAAUUCCAUUUGUAUAAUUUUGCUUCUCGAAGGCUACUUUCCCAGCCUGUCCUUCAUAAUAAAUAUUUUGUUAUAGUGAACCAUAUUUCAUCUUUCUUUUAGUUUUUAGAUAAAGUAAGCAGUCCUGAAAGUAAGAAUACAAUAACGAGGCUCUACUUGCUACUACUAUCCACUAACAGGGAGUAAAUUCAUUAUUUUUGGAAUGAUAGACUUAGUGCAUGACCAAAAACACAUUGAAACGAGAAAGCGAAGUGAUCGAGAUGUUUUCAUUUUUUAUGUAUUUGAAAUCGAAAUGAAAUGAUCUGGUAUAUACAUUUACGUCAACAUUUACGAAGAAAAUGAGGGGUGGAAAUAAUUAUUGAUUGUGUAGGGGAAAUUACCACCAACACUCCCUCUCUCCCCCUCCCCCCCCCCCUGCGUAGGGUCAUGACUUGUUUAUUAUUAGAUGAACCUGAUUCAAUCGAGCAUAAUAUGAAUGUAAUUGCGAAUACAAGAUGAUCUUUAAUAUCAGUUACAUAAAAUGUUGAAUUAGCAUCUGUGUAAGAUUUCAUGUUUUAAAGUUACGAUUGGGCUUCCGAAUACAAUGGACAAAGUUGAAUUCAGUUUUUGUUUAUCAAAAAAAAUCAUGAAAGUUUAAAUUGGGUUAUCGCAUAUUAAUUAACGUAGUUUACAAAUUGAUAAAACCGAUAUUGUUGUAUGAUUGCAAUAGGCAAACAUUUUUAUUAUUUGGGAUCUACCUCUUUGUAAUAUUUUAUCGUCUGUAGGGGGUUUUCCCCAGAUAAUUAUGUGUAUGGAGUGGUGUAGAACCAAUACGGUUUUAAAGUAUUUAUCACUGUCUUUGUGGACAUAAAAUUUAUAGACCUAAGUCCAUUUAUAUCAAAGUGGAUUACUGAAUUUAACUCACAAGACAUUACGAUUGAUAUUUUCUUUGUAUGUAAAUAAAAAUAACAAGAAGAUUUCGUUUUUAUGUCUGGUACAUGAAUUAAGUUAUUUUUGUAUUUUAUUAUACUAAUAGGUCUCAGAGUGUUUCACGGUAACUUUCAAUUUCACUUCUUCAAAACUAUGAAAAGUGACGUAUAAAUUGUAUAUCAAUUUAAUCAACUCUGCCAAUGGUGCAUCUCUUUCUCAAACAUUUUUGUUUUACUAUAUGUACGUUCCUAAUAUUGCAUUUACAUGUCCCAAACUGUAAUAACGUCACAACUUUAAUUGGCAGUUUUGGAUAUGUUUGUUUGCAAUCCCUUUUCUAACCCGGUAAACGUACCAACAAGUAAGACAUCGACAUGAUAGAUUAUGACUUACAAGCAUGAUUUUAUUUUAUUAUUUUUUUUUUUUUGGUCUGGGGAAAAUGAUAUUGACAACACAAUGAAGAAAAAAUACCUUAAUAACAUAUUUCUAUUCUUACAAAAAGUAUAUAUUUGUAUUGAAUAUGAUUUCUUUUUCAUUAUUUCUUAUUUGUCUUGAUGAGGAUUAUGACAUUUUAUGGUUUACAAGCUUGAUUCUCUAUAUGAAAUAAAACAUGCCAUUACAAAGGUGA